CUUGAACUCUUGUUUUUUUGCGACACUUUAAAUAAUAUUCUAAAGCAUUAUGGCACUGGUUAGCGAACUGAACUACAGUGAGCUCACAGAGUCAUCUUCAGUGGUUUAUAUUCUCGGAUAUUUCUACAGUUUUGUUCGUAAACCGACAACAGACACGUUUCCAUGGAAAUGCUCGCGCAAAGACGGGUACACGGAUCGAUACGCGCGCCGCCUUUUUGAAGGCAAAAGGGAAGUGGAAGCGCGGUGCAUUGUGGGACGCGGAAUCGUCGCACUCUGAACCGUAUCACGCCGAAGUGGAGAUCGUGCAAACGGUUAAAGAAACUGCCUGAAAAGUUGCGGCCUCGCUGUUCUUCGCUGUCACGAAACGAGCGCGCUUCGCCGAGGCGCAUGACUCUGUUCCGGGCGUCCGUGCGAUGUCGCGAGGGGUUCGGACCGCCGGAUUUCGCGGCUUUUAAAGGAGCUCGCGCUCGGACGCGUACGAUGCUGAACGCCGCAGCGGCCGACAGAAAUAAAGAGCCCAUCCUCGCCGUGCUGAAAAGCCGGCUGACGUCCGACAGGCCCCUGGUCGCUCUGGAGAUCUCUUCGGGCACCGGGCAGCAUGUCGCGCACUUUGCCAGAGCGUUCCCAAACGUUGCGUGGCAACCGUCUGAAAUCGAGGCGCGGUCGAUGUCGAGUAUCGAGGCAUACAGAGAGUAUCAUAGGCUGCAGAACGUGAAGCCCCCCGUCUACCUGGAUGUGUCUCAGAGUUGGGAGAACUGGGCGGGGCUUCGGCCCGAGUCAUGUGACCUGGUCGUGAACAUCAACAUGAUGCACAUCUCACCUCUGUCCUGCACAGAGGGUUUGUUUAAUGGCGUUGGAAAAAUACUGAAGCCACAGGGAUUGCUUCUGACUUAUGGGCCUUAUGCUUUCAAUGGAUCAAUUGCUCCUCAGAGUAAUGUUGACUUUGACCACAGCUUGAGAUACAGAAACCCAGAGUGGGGUCUAAGAGAUGUGUCCUUACUGAAGACGCUAGGCCAGGAAAACGGGCUGCGCUUGGAAGAAAUUGUUGACAUGCCCGCCAACAACAAGUGCUUGCUGUUUCACAAGGACAGCGUGGUUUAAUAGAAUAACUCCGUAUUUACGUUUGAGUGGACUCUGUUAUAACGGUUUAAAGAUACUGACGACACAAAGGCUUUGCUGAAACUGAUCGUCGCUCUCUUUCUGGAAAAGACGUGUUCCUGUGGGAUGUACUUUUUUCACAAUAAAGCAAAUUAAUAAUAAUUUAGACAGGUAUGUUGUGUAUCUGUGAGUUUCUUUGGUCAUCCUCAUUGGUUUUCUGGAUUACGGUUCUGAAAUGUUAUGUGAUGCUCAGCCGUAGCUUCUUCUAGGAAGCUAAAAUGCACUAUUAACCAACCACCAUGUGCCAAAAGCAAGAAAGAUGAUCAAAUGUGUAUUUCGAAUGCAAUGCCACUUGCUUUGGGUUUGCUUUCAACCCUAAAUGUAUAUAUUUUUUCACGCUGAUGUGUAAUAUCAAUUAAUUCAUAGUCGCAAUCAAUAUAAUUUCACUAUAUUUGUAUGCCGACAGCUAAAUAUGUAAAAUAUCAAAAUUAAACCAUUUUUUAAAUUUGAUGAAGCACGGUUAUCGGGCGCAAUGUAAAAGGCAAUGCUGCAAUCGACGUUCAUUGAUCAAUAAAGAGUAUCAGUGUAUUA